AUGGCCAGGGAUUAUUCCAGAGAAAUCAACAGAGUACAAUAUGGUAUGUAGGGAAAUAGUAACUAAGUAUAUGCUGCAGGACAAUAUGAACCUGAAAAAAACAGGUGCUUUGUGUGUGUGCUUGUAUACAAGCCACCAAUGUUUUAUACUAGGAAGAAAGGCAUUUUUUUGUCAUUUCUACAUAUAAUGUACUUGUGAUAAUGUCAUGCAUAGUGGAUAGUUACGGUUAUAUGCUUUAUUUAGGCAGUAUGUACGUGUUACAGGAUCAGAUUUUGAUCUUCGGUUACGUAGCUUUCUCCUAAUCUUUGGCCUCUGAUUCCAAUUUCCGGUUAAAUGUAGGACGCAACAUGUUUUGUCCAUUAGUAUCUAUUUAAAUCUAUGGCAACCACAUUAACAUUUUCAGGUAUCUUUGCAGUGUUCCUUACGCUUCCUUCACUUGUUCUUUAUAUACACAUACGUCUGCAUAACCACAGGAGUUUUAUAAUUAAGCGAUAAGAAAAACAGUUCCCUGGCAUUGUUAAUAUUAAUCUGCAUUCAGUUGUAAAUGUACAAACAUGGCUCUCCUAAGAAAAUUGGUAUACAGUGUGUGCCUGCAUAUAUAUAAUAGAACUGCUGAAAAAAAGAAAUAUAUAUAUAUAAUAUGCAUUAUUGACAAUAAGGGAUGUUUUCACAAAUAGAGGGAAAUGACAGGGUAGAUGGGAUUGUUAAGGCUGUAUACAUUGGUGAAUGGAUUUGUGUGGGUUCAGACAGGUGAAUUAAUAGAUGUGUUUUUUGAGGAACACUAGCAAUCCAAUGUAAUCGUUCCAGUAAUAAUAAGACUCUGGGCAAAGCUAUAAUGACUAUGGCAUGAGUGUGCUCUUAGCUAAGUAAUUAUAUGGGUGGUACAUUUCAAAUAGUUUAUGCGUCUGAACAAUUAACUUCAGUGCAAGAUCCAAAAACGCAGUUUUCCCAAGAUGUUAAAAAAAAAUUAUUUUGUGCUUGAUGCACCAUUAUUGUGCAUAGAUAAAAAGCAAUUAGUAAAUAAAAUAAAGGUUGUUCACAUUUCAUAAAAUUUAGCUGAGAGGAAAUAUGAAUAGAGGAUAUGAUAGAGUGAUGGCCAUUCCAACAGAGUGAACAAUUCUAAACUACUGUAUGUAGACAUUUGCUAAAUAUGUAAAGUUUCUUAAAUUAACAAAGAUUUUUUGUUUCAAAAUGGUGUGCAUGUUUAUUAAGCAGUUAAAGUGGCUCUGUUACCUUUGGGGGGGUUUUGCAUAUUUUGCAAAGGCUCUCAAUAGUGACAUCUCAGCUUGGGGUAUGUUGAGCCAGGGAUGCAGCAGAAUGAAGUUAUACUUACGUGAAGUUGUUUGCUGUUGGUUCUUUCAACUUCUUUCUUCAGCUCUGGACACAUCAUCUGCCAGGGGCCAUGUGCAUGUACGAGAGUACAACACUGAUGUCCAUGGAGGAUAUUGAUGUCCACUGAGGUCCAUAGAGCAUUUCAGAAUGUUUUUACCUUUAUGAAAUUACCAUCAAUACAUUUUUGGUGACAAAGCCAUAUUAAAAACACUAACAUUUUAAAUAGAUGCUAGAAGUUGCAAUAAUAGUCCAUCGCUGGUAUUCAUUCACUAACUGAAAAAUUUAUAGCGUGCUCCUUUUGACAAUAUACAAAAAUGAAACACAUUGGAAGGUGAACAGACUCUAUUCUAUGGAAUAUAUAUACAGCAUUAAAGUUAACUCUACACUAGGCAACUGAGUUCUUUGUUUUUGAUGAAGCAUCUGAUACAUUUUGUAAUUUAUUAUAAAUAUAUGUAAAACAAACUGAACUGUUUUUAUAAAAGAAACAAAUUCCAUUGUUUGAAUUUCACUUUUUACAAUUCCUCUAUUGGUGUUGAACUUAUAUCAUACCUAUACAGUACAUUAAAAAUUUAUUUAUUUUCUAAUACACAGCCGAAAAGACAGCUCCAUCUGUCUUCCCAUUGAGACCCUGCUGUGGAUCUGAGUCCUCUGGAACACAUGUCUCUAUUGGGUGUUUGGUCAGUGACUAUUUUCCUACACCAGUAAAUGUCCAAUGGAACUCAGGGUCCAUAACAUCUGGAAUCAAGAACUUCCCAGCUGUUUAUUCAAAUGGUCGGUUUACCUCCAGUACCCAACUGAUAAUCCCUGUGUCUGACUGGGAAAGUAAAAAAUAUGUGUGCAAUGUUGAACACCCAACAACAUCUACAAAAGUUAGCAAAGAAAUAGAAGGUAAGAGUAGAAUGAUGUUGUAAGUCAUAAUGCUAAAUAUAAAUGGCAUCAUAUUCUUAGCUUGUCCUUAUGGGUGGCAUAUUGUCUACAGCAUGCACUUAUAUUGCAUGUAUCACUGUUUCUUUUCUUUGUAGUAUAUGUGACUAUAAUUUAUUUUUAUUUUGCAUAUUCAGAAUGUUCAACAAAAGAAAAUCCACCAAAAGUGGAGGUUCUGCAGGGUUCCUGUGGUGAUGAACCUGGCAAUAACUCUGUUGAACUGGUUUGUCUUAUCUAUGGAUAUUCCCCUAAAGACAUUAAAGUACAGUGGUUGUUGAAUGGAAAGGCAACCUCAAUUUCCCCAACAAACAGCACUCCUUUCAAAAAUGAGGAAGGUACAUUUGAGUCCAGAAGCAAGGUUCAGGUUCCGAAACAAGACUGGAAUUCGGGGGAUGUUUAUACUUGUAAAGUGGUACAUGAUGCAACCAAGACACGUGAAGAGGCAAAAAUCAGUAAAUGCAAAGGUAUACAUAAUAAAUAAUGAAAUUAUUGAAAAAAUAUAACAUCAAAGCAAAUCAAUCAUUUGUGAGAAACUUAAUGGCCUGCUGUCCAAAACAUUACUAUCCUGCAUUCCUUUUUUAUCCCUUUAUCAUUUAUUCCUCUUUUUUUCCAUCCUCAAAAUUUGGAGCAAAAUGUUAUUGUUGGUGAGUUAGCAUACUUAUGCUUGUUAGUUAUUCUCUGCUUUGAUUGUCCCCAGGUUUGAGUUUUGAAUUUGUCUACUGAUAAAACCUUCAUUAUAUUUUAUGAAUGAAAUAUUCAUUAAAAUCUUAUUAGCAAAUAUAAGUCAUCACAGUCAUCACUGAUGUGAAAAUGUACCUCUUUUAUGCAUGACCUGCAUGAUUGAUGGUUGAAAAUAAAAAAAUAUAUAUUUUCAGUUAUUAUCAAUGUCUCAAAUCAGUGGAUUAAAGUAUCAAUAGCACACUAAAACCUACAUUGGAAGUUAUUCACAGCAGAUACAUAGCCACAGUUUAGUUAUUUUCAAAAGAAGAUAUAAAAUGUGAGAUAUAUUCUGUUUAGUACAAACAUGCAAAAGCAGUCUUAAACACUGAAAAAUAACUUAUAGUAGGCUAAUCUCUGCCAUGGAACUUUCCCUAAAUUGCUUUUCUUGUAUGAUUUCAAUUAUUACAUUACUUUUCAGAGUCUGCAUCUGGAUACCAUCCAAAGAUUGUUGUACACCCUCCUUCGCCAAAAGACCUGUUAGUUACCAAAGAACCCAAGCUUAUCUGUGAAGUAUCUAAAAUGGAAAAUCCUGAUAGUUUAACUGGCAUUUCCUGGGUACGCAGUGAUGGCAAAAGAAAUCUGGCAUUUACUUCCAUACCAGAAAAGCAGGAUGAUGGCACUUACACUGUUCAAAGUAGAUUGAAGAUAUCCGUACAAGACUGGAAUAGCAACAAAGAGUUCAGUUGCACUGCAGCACACAUUGAUCUACCCUCUCCUGUAACAAAGACAAUAAAGAAGGGAGGUAAUGAUAUUUUCCACCAUUUAUUAGUAUCAUGUUAAAGUUAUAUUCUUGGGUAGAACAUUGGCUUAAGGAUAGAGUACAAUGAGUUGUCAUUAAUGGUAAAUUUUCAAGCUGGACAAAAGUGGUAAGUGGUGUCCCUCAAGGUUCUGUUUUGGGACCGCUUCUAUUGAAAAUAUUUAUAAAUAAUCUUGAAAUAGGCAUAGAAAGGCAUGUUUCGCUGUUUGCAGAUGACACAAAACUUUGUAAAGUGAUAAAAUGUGAGCAGGAUAUUGCUUUGCUGCAGAGGGAUUUCGAUAUAUUGCCUCUUUAUAAAUCACUGGUAAGACCACACCUUGAAUAUGCUGUGCAAUUUUGGGCACAUGUUCUAAAAAAGGAUAUCAUGGCACUAGAAAAAGUGCAGAGACGAGCUACAAAAUUGAUAAAAGGAAUGGAGCAUUUUAGUUACGAAGAAAGGUUAAAAAAUUUAAAUCCCUUUAGUUUGGAAAAUCAGUGCCUCAGAGGGGAUAUGAUAAAAUUAUACAAAUAUAUUCGGUGCCAGUACAAACCAUUAUCUGGAAAUCUAUUCAUAAACAGGGCUAUACAUAGGACAUGAGGUCACACAUUUAGGCUGGAAGAAAGGAGAUUUAAUCUAAGGCAAAGAAAAGGUUUUUUUACAGUAAGAGCAAUAAGGAUAUGUAAUUCUCUGCCUGAAGAGGUGGUUUUAUCAGAGUCCAUACAGAUGUUUAAACUGCAAUUGGAUAAAUACUUGGAGAAACAUAACAUACAGGGAUAUAAUUUCCAAUUAAUGGGGUAAUAGCAGCUUGAUCCAAGGAGAUAUCUGACUGCUAUUUUGGGAAUUUUUUCCUAGCAGACUAUGUUUUUUCUGCCUUCUUUUGGAUCAACAGAAAAAAAAACAUAUGUGAGGAAGACUGAACUUGAUGGACGCAAGUCUUUUUUCAGCUAUGUAACUAUGUAACUAUAUAGAAGGCAUGAGUGGGCAAAGUGGGCACAUAAAAUAGCCGUACCAGAAAACAUGAUUAUUCAAUGACUUUACUAGUUCCUGAUGCAAGUCAUGAUUUUAUGAAAGACAGAGGCAAGCGAAUAAAAAUGUAUAGUUUGUUGUGGCAUAAAUUUGUGAUAUUUAAUUUCAAUCUAUUAUCAAGCAGAAGAGUAAAUCAAUACUAUAGAGAGAUAAGAUUUAGCUAAAUUGUUUAUGUUUUUAUUGAGUCGUGUAAAUAAAGGUAUUUUAUUUAUAUAAGGUCUCUGAGAUACUGAAAGUCAUCCAUACAAAUAUAUUGGUAUUAUGUAUACAGAGAAAUUCUGAGUCAAGAUUCUGUAAAUUUAACAAAACCAAAAUAUAUAUAUAUAUGUAUGAACUUCAUAAUUUCUCAUUUCUCUUUAUACAUGGUAACUUAUUGAUUAAUUUCUUUAUACACAUAAUAUGAGGUAAGCUUUAACUUCUAGAGAAUGUAAAACAUGUUGUAUAGUAAGGAAUUAUUUCUAGUGUAGCAAAAAUAUAUUUAUCCAUAGUAUAAUGUGCCUGAUAAUUUAAUAGUUUAAGCAUGACACUAAAGAUUAUAUUAGAAUUGUUUAUAUUGUUAUUUUGUUUUGUUGUUUGUUUUGUUUUGUUUUUUGGGUUGCUUGUUUUUGUUUGUUUUUUGCUUGUUUCUCUGCAAAUUGAAGCAAACAUGUUUAGUUAUGCUGGUGGUGGGUUGACCCAUUGUGUAUAGGUAAAGACAAGAAAAGGGCUUGGAUAUCUCAAAAGCAGUGAUAAAAUUCAGCUUGGCCAUCUGCACUGGCCCAGUCGAAUGAGAUGACUUACAUUCAUGACAAACAAAUGUUUACUUGGCAUUGGUUUAAAAAUUUAAAUAAAAGUAUAAAUAAUAAAAAAAAGACAUUCACUGAUCAGAAUUAUAUUAUUUUCCAGAUAAUAUAAGAGAACCUACUGUCUAUAUAUAUCCACCUGCACCAGAGGAACUUAACAGUCAUGACUUUGUGAACCUCCCCUGCCUUAUUAAGGGUUUUUUCCCAGGGGAAAUUUAUGUUCAGUGGAAGAAGGAUGGUGUUAUUGAAAAAGAAGACUACUACCUCAACACUACACCUGUAGAAGAGGAUGAAGAAGAUUUUUUCAUAUUUAGCAAGCUCAUCAUUUCCAAAUCUGACUGGAUCAAAGGAGUCACUUAUUCCUGCAUUGCUGCUCAUGACACGAUCAUUGAAAAAACUAUCAAAAAAUCUAGGGGUAAAUGA